GUGGCGGCCACGGCAAGCUUGUGUGACCGUGUCUGGCGUGCUGGGUAGACGGCGGCUAGCUCUCUCUCUACCUCCUCCUGUGUCUCGACGGCCUCUUCCUCCUCCUGGUGGCAGGAACCUAUACCACCUGCACCGCCCACUGGAGCCUUGACCACCUACCUCUUGGUCAACUAAGAUCCAGCUUUGUAGCGACUGACGACUUCAUUCACUACAGCAGUCCACCACGUCUAAACAGCACCAACCCUCCCAGCAGCUUGCACACCGCUGGAAGUAGCAACAGUGCAACAAAGAGCUGUAGUAGCAAUUGCAAGAAAGGCGGUAGUCGACCUCCCAGGCACGAGGCUAGAGCGGCCAGAAAGAUGGCGCCUGAUCCCCGAACUCAAGAAGAAUCUGGACCAGUGGGUUCGAUAAUUGCUGGCCACAGGAUAUCCCUCAAUGUCCUCUAUGAUAACGAUGACGAAAGGCAGCCUGCAAAGGCAAUAGGUGGAGAAGUUACGCCUGUGGAAGAAAUGGUGGCCAGUACAGGAGCCUUUCCUAUGGACACCCUGGAGAGAACUUCCUCCUCCUCCAGGAGGUCCUUGGCUGAUCUCCAGCAGGAUGAGGCUCUGAAGGACUCCAACGCUGACCAGGAUGACCUGCAGAAGAUAACGCACAUUGAUCAAGUUAUUAUGGAUGACAAAGGCGAGGUAGAACAGGAGAGUUUGUCAUCAGAACCAUCUUCAUCUUUCUCUGAAGCCAGACCAGACACUCCAGAAACCAGUUCUGCUCAUUCUGCCACUCCUGAACCUCCAACUAGGUCACCUGCUGCUUCCAACACAAUGUUCCCAUCACCCAUAAAGCAGACUAAAUAUCUCAAUGGACCAGAUCAGAUAAUUCCAACAAACAGCAUAAAAACCUGGGAACCCACUGGGGCUACAAAGCUGAAGAUUGGCGACCAGGGACCCUCGGCACACACUCCAGUUUCUGUGCCUACACUUCUCAAAAAUACUGCCGAGAAGUACCCUGACACGUGUGCAUUGUCAGUGAAGAGAGGUGGUGAAUGGAAAAAUACUACCUACAAAGAAUAUUAUGAUCAAGUUAGAAUCAUGGCCAAAGCCUUCAUAAAGCUUGGUCUGGAGUCCUACCAUGCAGUGUGUAUCCUGGGCUUCAAUUCACCCGAAUGGUUUAUUUCAGACCUGGCGGCCGUCUUUGCUGGUGGAUUUGCUGCAGGAAUCUACACCACAAACACUCCUGAAGCAUGUGAACAUUGUGCUCAUAACUGUGAAGCACAAAUCUGGGUGGUUGAAGAUCAGAAGCAAUUAGAUAAGGUUCUGAAGAUUCGUGGGCGUCUUCCUUCGCUGAAAGCAAUAAUCCAGUACUCUGGCAAACCAACUGUGGAUGGUGUUUUGAGUUGGGAAAGUGCCAUGGCUUUAGGUAAAGAGCAGGCCGAUAGUGAACUAGAAGCCAGGUUGAAGCACAUGGCAAUAAAUCAAUGCUGUACUCUCAUUUACACUUCGGGUACCACUGGGCCUCCUAAGGGUGUUAUGCUUAGUCAUGACAAUAUCACAUUUACCGCACAUGCAAACUGUGUUAAUGCUGAUUUCAAUCCAGGAAAAGAGAUUUUCUUAAGUUUCUUGCCACUCUCCCAUGUUGCUGCACAGAUGGCUGACCUGUACGUUCCCAUGUAUGCUGGUGGCACCUGUUUCUUUGCCCAACCAGAUGCCUUAAAAGGGAGUUUGGCCCAAACUCUGAAAGAAGUACGCCCUACUAGGUUCUUGGGCGUCCCUCGUGUGUGGGAGAAGAUUUACGAGAAGAUGUUGGAAGUUGGCCGCAAAACUACUGGUAUGAAAAAAUCGAUAGCUACAUGGGCCAAAUCACUUGGACUGGAAACCAAUUUACGCAAACAGCGACAGGAUUUCUCGAAGCCAUUUGGGUACGCUGUCGCUAAUGCUAUAGUUUUCAAGAAAGUUAAAGCAUUAUUGGGACUAGAUCGCUGUCAGCUCUUUCUCUCCGGGGCUGCACCAAUUGCCCCAGAAAUUUUGCGAUACUUCCAUAGCCUAGAUAUUCCUCUUACAGAAAUAUAUGGCAUGUCUGAAUCGACUGGCCCACAUACUAUCGGCAUGGAGAAAGCGUUCAAACUAGGCAGCUGUGGGCGCACUAUUCCUGGUUGCUACACAAAAUUGGAUAAGCCUGACCCUGAAGGUAAUGGCGAGGUGUGCAUGGGGGGUCGCCACGUCUCCAUGGGCUACCUACACAUGGAAGACAAGACAAAUGAGGCUAUUGAUGAUGAGGGAUGGCUCCACACCGGUGAUAUUGGCAGGCUUGACAGUGAUGGGUUUCUGUUUAUUACGGGUCGCAUAAAGGAACUUAUCAUCACGGCUGGUGGUGAAAAUAUAGCCCCAGUGCUAAUCGAGGACAACCUGAAAGCCGAACUGCCAUGUCUUAGCAAUUGCAUGCUGAUUGGCGACAAGCGGAAGUUCCUCUCCAUUCUUCUGACAAUAAAGACAAACGUGAAUCUCGACAGUGGGGAACCUCUAGAUACCCUAAGUUCUUCCUGUGUUGAUUGGUGUCGUAGCGUUGGGUCAAUGGCCAAAACCAUACAAGAUGUUUUGGCGGGUCCAGAUGCUAAUAUUAUGAGAGCAAUCCAGGAUGGUAUUGAUCGUGCAAACAAAUUGGCCCCUUCAAAUGCUCAAAGAAUACAGAAGUGGACUAUUCUUCCAAGAGACUUCUCUUUACCCGGUGGAGAACUUGGACCCACAAUGAAGCUGAAGAGACCAGUUGUUGCGCAGAAAUACUGCGAAACGAUAGAACGGUUCUACGAGGUUUGAAUACGGCUGACUAACUUUAAAUGCUUGUGAGUGUUUACGACUAUGGCUGAAACUAAUUUGUAUGUGUUUUGAGUUCUGUAAAUGUAGUUUAAAAAUUUGUUUAGACCUAUUUAUUUAAAAGGCAUUAUUGUUGUAAAAUAUUGAGGUACAAUUUUAUAAAUAUUAGCCUAUGUCUUGCCAUGUGCCAUGUUACCAGUGCCUUUUAAUUUAAAUGGUUUUAGACAUGAAUGGCAUUUGUGAUAGAUUUUGCAGGACUUGUGUGUGUCUUGUAAAAUAGGUUGUUUUUAAUAUCAACCAAUUUGUGCAAUGGAAGUACCAGCUUUGUGCCAGUGCCAGAUGAAUGUUGUAAAUAGUUUAACACAAAGCUGGGCAAAGUGUCUUGGGGUCACGAUAGUGUUAGGUUAAGCCAUGUGCAAGUAGUGACCAAGAGGUGACCGUUCAACCAUGUCCUGAAAAGUGGGUUUUGUCAAGUGCUGUUAAUAAAACCCCGAAAUAAUUUGGGACUAAUUUCCCACUGGCUAAUUGGUACCUGUAAUUGAGAAUAAUUCAAAAUAACAUUGGUCAUUGUCUGCCAAAGUGCACGAAUGUGUGGUUUUGGGGAGGUCGAGUUGGAAGUGCUGUACUUAAUAUUUAAGAUUUAUUGUAAAUGCACUUUGAACCUGUACACCUAAUAUUGAUUAGCUGGAUUGUAAUGUUCCUUAAUCUGAUAGUGGUUUAUUUUACUAUUGAAGGUGCAUUUUAUAGACUUGUUUCCAAAUAUACAUUUAUGUAUGGUUAGAUAAGGUGCAGAUGUGUGUAUUAUAUUACUAUACUGUAUAUAUGAAUGAUCCUGUUAAAUAUUGAAGCAAA